UCGACUUGUUAAACUAGAAUGUUAUUUUGCAGGCGAUCGUGGCACUGACCUUCGCGCAGUAUGCGGUUAAACCAUUCUUCCCCGACUGCGAACCUCCGGACAACGCCGUUCGACUGCUAGCCGCCGUCUGUUUGUGUUUCCUGACCAGCAUCAAUUGCAUCUCGACCAAAUGGGCGAUGAAGAUACAGAAUGUGUUUACGUUCGCCAAACUGACGGCUCUGGUGUCCAUCAUACUGGCAGGAACCUGGUUCAUGACUACGGAAAAGACGGAUCACUUCGAGAAUGCCUGGGAGGGAGACUAUGCAUUGUCCAGUUUGGCGUACGCAUUCUACUCGGGUCUGUUUGCGUUCGGAGGAUGGAACUAUCUGAAUUUUGUUACCGAAGAGUUGGAAAAUCCGUACAAGAACCUUCCUCGUGCCAUCUGGAUUGCAAUGCCAAUGGUCACCGGGAUCUAUGUGUUCGUCAACAUGGCCUACUUCGCCGUAGUUCAGCGGCACGACAUGCUUGCUUCAAUCGCAGUGGCCGUGAACUUCGGUUACCGUAUGUUCGGUUCCGUGGCCUGGCUCGUACCGAUCUUCGUGGCUCUUAGUUGCUUCGGCGGUGUCAAUGGCAUUCUGUUCACCUCGGCUCGACUGUUUUCGACUGGUGCACAAGAAGGACAUCUACCGGCAUGGUUCUCGUUGGUUCACGUGCGACGCCAAACACCGAUACCAGCAUUGAUUUUUACCUGCGCUACUUCGAUCCUGACGCUAUUCUGUGCCGACGUGGUUGCUUUGAUCAACUACUUUAGCCAAAUUUUGUGGCUCUCGGUUGCUGCUUGCGUAGCCGGACUAUUGUGGUUACGUGUGACCAAACCCAACAUGCCUCGUCCUAUCCGAGUGAAUUUGGCACUACCGAUUAUUUUCCUUACGUGCUGUCUGAUACUGGUACUGCUACCAUCGUUCACCGAACCUCUGAAUCUGCUGAUCGGUCUUGGUAUUACACUUUCCGGCGUACCGGUGUACUACAUCUGCGUAGUAUGGAACAGUAACAAGCGAUCCCGGAAUCGACCGAUGGCUUGGAUCGAACGAGGCUGCCAGAUACUGUUCAAUGCGGCCAUUGUUGACUGUCACCACGAUCGAAAGAAUGACCGCGAGAUGUCCGACAUGCAGACUAGUAUUGUGGACGAGAAAAAUGUGUACAACUAAGUGGAAAGUUGCUGAAUUUUCCGGGGCUGUGGAAACUCCGAAUCUGAUUUCAUUUAGAAAUUAGUUUUUACACCAAUAGCAUUUAAUCUAGUAUCAUUUUUCGCAAGGCGGCUUUCGAUCUUCUUUUCUUUGUUUAGAUAUUACUUAUAUGGACUUAUUGUCCGAGUAUGUGGAAAGAAGGAUUACAAAUCCUUCAAAAGGCACAAAUCGCCAGAAGAUCUACUAUCUAUAUCUACUGUAGUGUAAACCAUACGAAAUAUCAAUGUAAGAUCUGGACAAACUAUAUUAGCCACUUGUACGAGUCUCGCCCGCCUGUAGGAAUUAUUGUCUAGUCGUCUAGGGAUGGUUAUUGUGAAAAGCUGAAUAUAUACUAAAUUCGAUAUCAUUUCUAAAAGUCCUGCUGAAACUUGAUAUUUUUGUUUGACUGGUAAAAAAUAUGACUAGCGGGUAACGCGACUACAGUGGCAACCAAAUAAGAACCAAUCUACACGGCUUACAAUAACAGACAAUGAAGUUAGACCUAAAAGUAUCAAUGUACUUAACAAUAAACAUCAUAAUUACGAAA